AACCGCCGGCUACGACGGUUGAUUACCGUCCCAAGGUCAGUAUGUAGUAGUUGUUGUUGUAGUUAAAAUAUAUUUCAUAUAUUUGAGCAAGCAUCCAGCUCGAUCAGUUUGCGCGUUAUAUAAUAUGUUAUUAUAGUUUAUCAGUAAUUAUAAGAUAUCUAACUAUCAUGUUACAAUAACAUCCAUUGUUCCUUUAUAUAUAAAUAGGGCCUUUGCAUGUUCAUUAUUUAGUAUGUUUUUGUUCUUUACGAAAGUAACACAGCUCUACAGUGUAUUUCACUAAGCUUGAUACGAGUAAUAAAGUACAUAAUAUUAUUGAACGGACAUGUCUUUUAUAUGCCCAAACGACAGCGAAGUAAUGGAAUCAAUUUGCGAACAAUCCACAAGUGGGUCGGUGAAACGAAAAAGCGAACGCACACCAUCCGUAAGCAAAAAACAGAAGAGGAAGACUUCCACGUCAAUAUCACCUAUACCGGAAGCUAUACAACAACUGACAGUGAAGGAGAAGGUUCUUUCAGUGAACCUGGUCGAUCUAGUGGAGUGGAGUCAACAGAACCUGAGCUUGAAUCUGACGGAGGAAGUAGCCCUUUUAGAUUUUUGCGAGGAUAUCUUUCCGACGAAAACAAACGAAUACCCAGUGGUGACUUUAAUUUUAAUAAUAUUUAUAAUUUGCCCACGGACAAUUUUGGAGACGGUACUUCAUCCGAAGAAGUGGAUGGACACGAAGCUACAAUCAGCUUGGGAAGAAACAAUGAUACUGAACCCUCAGACACUGACGAAACAGUUCCAACUCAUGAGGAAAUAUAUGAAGAAGGACUUAUGGAACUUGGACGUACAAUGGCUGCAAAAUUUGUAUCAGGAAUCCAUAGAUACGUUUCCAGAAUCAUUGUGCCGGAUGGAAUUGGCGGAAUUUCGCAGUGUUUGCGCGAGUUGGAUUUCCUUAUUACAAAGUACCCGCCAGCCCAUUAUUAUAUCGUCUCAGAACACAACGACCAUAUCCACGUCUCCCAUAUCUGCCCCUACAGUGCGAACAGUUGCAGGUGCUCCUUCCUCGUUCGAGGAACAUUUUGGGUUAAAAACGGAAGACGUGGACUUCGUAGAAUUUCUCGAGCAAUCGACCUCGGCCCAAUCGAUUGGAGAGACAUACUGCGAUACUUAUCUACGGGCGGCAGACGCCUCCAUUGCAUUGGAGGCUUCCGAGAAGAUGAGCGACUAUUUGAUAGAUAUAAACAUUUAUCAGCGCAAAGAUAUAUGGGACAAACCGAAGGGGGAUUACUGGCUGGGUGCGAUGGCGAGAUGUCGUGGGACGUUCCCUGCCGACCACAGAGCCGUAGCCUACACAUCGAGGAUAAUAAAAAUGUUAGGGGAAAAAAUGAACGGUCUAAAAAAUAUAAAAAAAAUACGCAAGACACCGGGGUUCGGGCGGAAAACGGGCCGUUAACUAUAACCGAAUUGUUAUAUAAAUUUCCUUGCACAACCCCCGAUGCUUACAAAAAUAUUAAAGAAUACUAUAUGAAUGCUAACUUAAAUUAUCUUUGCGCUAAUGAUAAGUACGUAACUAGAGACAUAGAUUUAUGGACCAUUAAAUUAAUGCAUUGGUCAUUGAAAGAUUAUAGUAAUUAUUAUAAAGAUGAAACGGUGCACCCAUAUUUUAAUGCAUAUAAUAGAUCGUUUGAUCAUGUUUAUUUCGAUGUAAAUGAAUCAUUAAGAAUAGCUAAUGAAUUAUUAAUGUAUCAGUUUGAUAAUAACAGUGAAAAUGUUUUUUAUUUUUUAACUGAUUUAUUAAAUAUUUUAGACAAACGCGUUCCAAAAUGAAAUACACUAGCUGUUCUUGCGCCACCUAACGCUGGUAAAAAUUAUUUUUUUGACGCAGUUGCUUCCUUUUUUAUAAAUUAUGGCUGUCUUGGUACAGCUAAUAAAACUAAUAACUUUGCUUUUAUGGAAGCAGCUGGUAAAAGAUUAGUAUUGUGGAAUGAACCGAAUUAUGAGGCUCAUCAUGUUAAUGAACUUAAAGCGUUACUUGGUGGUGAUUCAUGUCGUGUAAGCGUCAAAUAUAAAGGUGAUCAGGCACUCCAAGGUCCUCCUAUAAUUAUUUUAACAAACGACAAUCUAUCAAUAUUCGGAAUGUCUGCAUUUAAAUCACGUAUAAAAUUAUAUAAUUGGCAAAGUGCACCGUUUCUUAGAGAUUACGAUAAAAAAAUAAACCCAUUAUUUUUAUUACAAUUAUUUUCUAUGUAUAAUAUAUCUAUUAAUUAAUGUCUGAGGGUUCAGUAUCAUUGUUUCUUCCCAAGCUGAUUGUAGCUUCGUGUCCAUCCACUUCUUCGGAUGAAGUACCGUCUCCAAAAUUGUCCGUGGGCAAAUUAUA